AAGAAAAAUGUUGAAUUGAUAAACAAUUCUGUUAUUUCAAAAAAAAGUACUGGUAUUGAUAAAAAAUGAGUUAAUAAUGGUUAAACACAAUACAAUUCCAAAAUGGUCAAGGGGUUCACAAACUUUCAAGCAGCACUGUAUAUGUAAUUUCUGAACCUAAAGAAAUACAGGACAAUUAUAUAAUUUACUUUACCACGAUAUCCUUUGGCCUUUGACUUCUUCGACUUCUUCGACUUUUUGCUCCUUUUUUUUGCUUUUUUCUUGUGCUUCCUCUUUUUUUUUCGGCCAUCAGAGGAGGAAGAGCUGCUGCUGCUGGAAUCUGAGUCUGUGCUGGAGCUGCUACUUGCGUCAGUGUUUGACUCUGGUUCGGGGUCAGUGUUGUCCACUGUGUCACCUAGGAAAUGACGAAAAGCAGAAAAAAGCACUUAAAACAACUUUUAAGGGUAACUUUACCCCCAGUCUCAGCAUAACUUGUCACACUGCACAAUUUUGAAAAAUGCGUUCUGACCAAGGUUCUGACGGCUCAGUUAGGAAGGAGGUGGCUGUAAAGGACACUGGGUUAAUCUAGCUGUCACUCAGGAAGAUCUAAAUGAUAUAACUUCCUUGAAAAGCAGAGUGACAGAGAGUCUAAGGGCGCUAUCGCUACACGAUGUGAGCUCAUAUGUCACACAGAUGUGUUGUUUGAGGUGGAGGAUUUUUCUGAUUUUAAAUUGUUGGAGGGCAAUUCGGAAGUAGAUGAUGUAUCUUGAUAGUAGUGUUAUGAGACAGAGUAGCCUGAGUGAGUGAGCGAGAAUGGCAGUGUGUUGUUGUUUGAGGGAUUUCAGUGAGUGAAUGGACGAGCGAGGAGAGCGAGCGGUAGCAUGUGUCUGGGUGUGUGAAUGCAAGCGAGAGAAAGCAGCAUAAGCUAAUGCAACCAACUGUAAAGUGAGUGCAACGGGAAUAAAGUAAGCCUGUCAAGAAUCGGUGUCCUCCUCAUUCCGAACCACUGCCGGUAGAGUUAAGGGUGUUACCGUAACAGUUGUGUAAUUUUUAAAAGAGCGCAGCUGGCUGGCUUUGCAGCGUUCACCUGUAAGGCGCAGGUGUGAAUAGUGCCCACCUGAUAUGCUGAUGUCUAUCAGAUGUUGUGACGUAGAGUGACCCUCAUACAAUGGGUGAACUCCAAUAUUGUGGUUGUUGUAGUGAAGCCACAUACAUUAGUUUUUUUUCGAUCGCUAACCUGAAAAAAACCCACAUUGAGCUCCAGUUGUGGGCACAACUGGAGCUCAAUGUGCAAAAAUCUAACUACAGUCUGCACUACCAACAGUCACUGGAGCUGAACAGUUCACAUCACCUGCAAAAUAGGCUCAGAGCAGUAAACACUAUGAACCAGCCUCAUCGCGAUGACACAUGUCACUCAGAACACAUCCACACUCUCACUGCCACUCUUCUCCCUCCACCAACCUUUCUUCCUUGGUCCAUUUCCAAAAGAAAGUAUUUUUGCACUUUCCCUAUAUACUGUAUAUGUUCACUCACAAGUCUAAAACAAGACACCUUGUGUUUCAGUUGAAAUAGCAAUCCACAGUAGGGCUUUGACUUUUGCCCAAAAGUCAUAUUCGAAGUUCGUUUGUUUAUUAAUAUUAAUAUUUGAAUAUAUUCGAAUAUUUAUUAAUAGUAUUUUGACCAUUUAAUGCCUUCAGUAAGACCUGGGCUGAAUCCAAAUACUUAGUACAUACUAUUUCUGUUCAGUGUCUACUGAACAGAAGCGUUCUACGCAUAGCUGAAGACCAUACUACACUGUCAAGUGUAGUACGGUCUACAGCUAUGUGUAGAACGCUUCUGAAAGCUUCCGAACACCGCCGAAACUCCACCGGAUGUUUGGAGAUGACGUAUCUCCCCUCAGAUGCCGGCAAAACUACCUUGAUAAGUUACCUGUUUUCCGUCUUGUCAUCGUUGCUAUAAAAUUAAAAAUGUCUCUUUUUACUUGAUGACUUACUUUACUUUUUUACUCUUUUUAAUGACUAUUUUUUCGCCGCUUUCUACGACGUCUUUCUAAGCCGCUGUUGGUAGUGUCGGGUCAGCCAUCACUUCUUCGUUCGUUACCAGACUCCGGUUGCAUUGUGGGAUAGCGUAGUGACCUACCGUUGUAUACUGUGGCGGUAGUACCAAUGGGUAGUACGCAUUCUUUAACGUUUUCUGUACUACACAAUGCGUACUGAGCAUUCGGACGCGCUAUAUUUGUGGCGUACUACAAAAUGCAUACUAUAAGUAUGAGUAUUCGGAUUCAGCCCUGGAUUGGGUUUUGCAAGGUUUGUUUACUGGCGUUGCUAUGGUUACCGGUCUUGUGUGUUCCAACGGUUUAUUGGGUUUCUGAUAAAUCGCUGUCUAAUCAAUACUUCAUUCACUGCCUCUUCCGUGGUCAUUACAAUAUUAUGAAUAGACUGCGUCGGGUUCUCCGACGUCUCUCCUCUUGGCCUGCCGAUAACAGGUUCGAAUAUUAAGGGCUGCCUAAUAUUCGUUGAUUUAUUUUUUGAUAUUCGAAUUACCGGUAUAUUCGAAUUACGAAGUUCGAAGUCAAAGCCCUAAUCCACAGUGUUUAAAAUGCACCAGGAUGAAGUCCAUUCUGUUUUGAAUGUGUGGUUUACAGUUGUGACAGCAGUGUGUUAGCAUUUGAUCAAAGUGCUGAAAAUCCACAGUGUUGUGCAGGUUGUGAUAUAAGCCAUGAGAUAAGUGUGUAGAGUUCUGAAAAUUGUGUUUAAGCAAUGAAAAAUUAGCUAGUGGUUGGUCCACAGGAACUGCAUGCUGAGUUUUGCACGUGUCGCUCCAGUUGUGCCCACUGUGGUUAAGCGAUCAUAAAAAACUGUAUUUAAGUCCUCAGGUAAUACUAUACUCUAGCUUUACAAACCUUGCUCUGCUGAAGGCCUUUGCUCAAGCUGCUGCUUCAGUAAAGCAUUCUCCUCCUCCAGCAACUCGAUCCGGGUCUGCAGCUCUUCUGACCGCUUCUUCCAUUGGACUUUGCCUAGUUGAAAAAUAAUAUUUUCCAUAUUAACAACUGCAACAUAUGACAUGAUAGAUAACAAAUUCAUGUUAGUAGAGUAUAUGAGGCAAACUUGUAGGAAAAGUAAAAUGUUGAUCUAUAAAACAUACUACUGAAGUCUCGACUGGACACACUGACAAGCAUAGAAGAAAUUCAAAUCUCCGCAUGAAGCACAUGAAUCUGCACCUGCCACUGUCAGGCAACUCGGAGUCCAACAAAAAUAAUCCCACACAAGGAUCAAUUCUUCCCCACCAUAAUAUGUGUUAAGGUGUGUUUUUCUGCACAAUCCUCCUCUCUCUGGAUGUGUUUUACAUAGCGUGGUUCCAGAGUACGCCUGUUUUAGGCACCUGAAUACUGUGGAUAUUGUCUUUAAUAAUCGUGAUUACACUGUCAAUCAAAAUAAUCGUGAUUAUGAUUAUGAUUUUUGCCAUAAUACACAUGCUGAUAUGUUCAGCGAUCAGAUGGAGAGGAGCGUCUCCCGUAGCCUACAGUGCCAACAGGUUCACGCUGCGCUUUGCAUGAAGUGUGUGUGUUUUUAUUUUUCUUCCAAACGGGACCGUCAAUACUGUCCCAGUGUCAGUUUGGAGCUGAACUGCGCCGAACUGACACCCAGCUGAUACACAGCUAAAUCAGCUGUGUUUCAGCUUGAGCCUAUUCUUCUCGCGAGCCGCGCGUCCAGCAGCAAAAAUACAGUAGGCUAUACAUUAUGUUUCACAUCGUAGGCUACAAACCACAUAACGUGGCAUUGACAUAGGGCUACAUAUUAUAAACAUAUGAAACAACAAUAAUUAGAUGUUUUUCUUCUUUAUUUAUAGGCUAGAUGUAGGCAUUUUUAUUAUUUUUAACCCCAUAUUAUAUCAAUGAUAUAUUUCGCAGUUUUUAUUUCGAUCUUCCUGCUUCUCUCCACCCCAGAAUGUCUGUCCAAUGAAUGAAUGACCUCAGAUCACGUGUGGUUUUGCUUCGUAAUGCUGGUUCACUUGCAAAAGGGGCAGUAUGAAAGUGGACCACACCAAACAAAAAAAAUCUAAAUUCUAUUUGGUCUGGACCAAAGCAAGUGAACCAACGGACUUUCCAUGUGUGAAUACACCUUAAGUCACACCACUAAAUGCAUGAGUAAUACCAUCUGAUGACACUAAAAUGCGCCUUGAUAGGCGCUCAUAGGCGCACAGGUCACACGAGACAAAAACCUGCAAAAAUUAUGUAGAUAAAUAUCACUGGUAAGGGCUUCUGUUUUUGGUGAAAUACAGUUGCUUAUUUGCAGCUGAAUUAUUACUUUGAAAAGUAGUCUAGCCACCGUCUCGCAAUUAAACGCUUGUGGUGGCGUUAAUAAAAAGUCCCACAAUUUUAUGGUUCAUGGUCUAAAGCUAAUUAUGAGCCUUUGGUUGAUAUCCAGACAAUCCUCUAUUAUUCAGUUGGCAAUGACCACCCGCAACACUGCUACAUGCGCCAAAGUAUGUGAAUAUCGAGACGGGAAGAAAAGUCUACGAUGUCGCCAAGCAGCUAUUAACGUCGUCACCCCCCAGCUAAGCAAAGCUAACGUUACUAGCUCUUGCCGAGCCCGGCCAGAAACGGUUUGAGUAUUACAAUAACUUUACAAAUGUGUCAACCCAACUUACCAGCAGUAGGCAUAUCGGAGCUUUCUCCUUCAUUCCCCCGCUGUCCUUUUGCCCGGGUAGAGCGCUCAGCAGGCCUUUCCACCAUAGGCAGAUUCAUAUUUCCAGGCGUGGCAGAUCUUAACUGGUGAAAAAUCAUAUGCUGGUACUGAAACAAGAGAUAGGCCAAACAUAAGUGGUUCACACAUACAAGUAAUGGCGCCUGCUUUCGAAAUAAAACAAUAACUGUUGAGAGAGGGUUGAUACUUACCAUAGCGACAAGAUCCAAUUUAUUUUGCGCGGACUAAUAGCUUCUUUCAACGGCACCGAGUUGGCGGUGCGGCUUAGCCAAUCGGACGGUAGAAGCGCUUGAUUAUUAUGAUUGAGUCAGGCAUCAACCAGGGAAUCAGCCCAACCUUUGCGGUGGGAGGUGUUUCGAUGUAAAAAUCAAGCGUACCUCCACAUAUUGAACUAAUAACAGAAAAGUGCGCCAGAUUUUCAAAUCAGGGCCAGUAACAUCAGUUAUUUCCUCUGACCACCGGUGCUAUGGCUUCGCUUGUGGGAACACUUUUGAGAAAAGUGAAUGUCAAGGAGUCAAAAAAAACAUCAUUCAAGUUGAUAACAUGGUUGCAAAAGAAAAGGUUGCUGCAAAGAAAAGUGAAAUGCAAAAACUGCAGACACAAAAUGAAGAUGGUCUACUACACACAGUCCACAGAUCUCCACAUCUGGGAGUGCCGUCGUAAAAGAUGUGGACGUUUGAGGAGAAGUGUAAGGACCAAGUCUCUUUUCUCAAACUCACACUGUAGUCUCUUCACAUGGAUGAAGUACAUUCACAGAUUUGCACAGGGUUUGCAGCUACGGCAGGUAGACAUGCUUCAGGAUGGCAUCACUAAAAGCACUGCUACACUCUCAAUGAUGUCUAAAAAACUGCGAAGAAUUUGCCUAAAAAGCCUUAAAAGGCACAGGAAAGAAAAAGGCCAGAAAAUCGGUGGAGUCAACGCUAUCGUCCACAUUGACGAGAGCAAGUUCUGCCAUAAGCGCAAGUACGGAAGAGGGCGCUUCGGGAACAGCUGGAGGAGAAAAAGGACAUGGGUCUUUGGAAUGCUCCAAAUCAAACGGUCUGACAGGCGUCCUAUUCUUCGCCUCGUGCAGAGACGAAAUAAGGAGACCCUUGUUCCUAUCAUCAAAAAGCAUGUGAAGCAUCACAGUCUCGUCGUAAGUGAUGAGUGGAGAGCGUAUGCCGGUCUCGCCACAGAGGGCUACAGGCAUGUCAGGGUGAACCACAGCCAACAUUAUGUUGACCCUCAGACAGGACUCCAUACUCAGAACCUCGAGAGAGCGUGGCAGACCUAUAAAAAGGAAAUUUGGAGAAUGCGGGGGAAUCGGUCGGAGAAGGCCUUGAAAGAGCAGCUCUGCUUUAUUGAGUGGACCUACUGGUUAGCGAGGAAAAAUUCAGAAGGUGUCCUUGGCAGGCUUGUCAAGGACAUAAGGCGCUCCUAUCAGAAAUAGGAAGCAGAGCUUGGCAUUUAUCAAAAUAAGCUGAAAUGGACAGAGGAGAAAGGGGAGUGUUUUAAUUUAUUUUUAAAAGAAAAGUUUUUGUUGUAUAUGUUCAAACGGUUUAUAGUAUUCUUGGUUCUUUUGACUCUUCAAACUCUUCCUUUGUAAAAAGAGUUCUGUUAAAGAUUAGUUUUUUUUUAAUAAUAAAGUUGUUUAUUUCACUUUGCGGUCAUCCAGUGUUACUGAUCAGUUGAGCAAAACUUGUCUCUAUUUUGUACAGUUACUAGUUUGUAGUUUGUCUACUGUUCUCAUCUGUUUUCACUUUAAUUUGACAGUCCUAAGACCUCUC